UCAAAUCUGGCAUGUAAGAAAGUCAAAAAUUUGAAACUUUUCAAGUUCAUAAAAAAUGUAUAAAAUGUGUUGGUCCAAAAUACUAAACAUAGUGAUUUAUUUAUGUUCUAUCUUGGUACCAAUUGAAGCCUUUGCGACUGUAUCCUUUGGUCAGACCCGGAUUAUCGGAGGCCACAGAUGUGAUAAGUCUAACACUAAAUUUAUGAUAGCUUUAACCGGUUACACAGGAAAUCAUAUUUGUGGAGGUAGUUUACUAAAUUCAUACUGGGUAUUAUCUGCUGCCCACUGUGAAGGUGAUCAUAUUCAAUUCUAUGCCAUUGACGCUCACACAAGAGAUGAUUGGGUAAAAGCAGGUGGACUCUUGAAAUAUUUUGCACCUGUCAGUAAAGUAAUCCAGAUAAUUUGCCAUUCAAAUUAUAAUCGUAAUUCAGUUUAUAACGACAUAGCCUUAAUGAAGUUAAACAAGCCAUUAUAUGAAAGUAAUUACAUUCAAUUCGUUAAGCUUCCAUCUGUUGAACAUCCUGGAGAUGUACCAGAAUUCUGUCCAAGAGCUGUGAUUAUGGGAUGGGGUACAACAAAUCGAAAUAGUUUCAAGAUUCCUAUGUGGUUGCAGUGUGCCAAAGUAUCCACGAUUACAUUUGCUGAAUGCAAAAGAGUAAUUCCAAUAACUGAAAAUGCUAUGUGUACUUCAGUUAAUGAUAAACAGGAUACUUGUAACGGUGAUUCUGGAGGACCACUUAUGUGCGGUAAUAUUCAGUACGGUAUAACUUCGUGGGGUGUAGAAUGUGCCACGAUAUACCCUGCUGUUUAUACUAGAGUUGACAAAUACUUAGAUUUUAUCCGUUAUAGUAUGAAAAAUACACAAACAAACAAAAGUAACUCAAAAUUUUUUAUUAUAUUAAGUUUAUUCGUAUGUAAACAAUUUGACUACAAUAAUACCAUUUAAAUUA